UUCACAGCCUUGCUCCGCUCAAUUCAGUCUCUAUCUGAGCGUUGUCUUUGCGAGUUAGCCAUUUGCAAUCGUGCGGUCUUUUUCAAUAUGUAGCCGCCCCAAUUACAUAUGUAUUUUGUCUGUGGAUAUAUGUACGAUGUAUAUAGGAUAUACACAUUGGUACAUACAUAUGAACAAUGCCUAUUUCUCCAGCUUUCGUUACAGUAGUUUUGAGAACUAAGUGUAUCUAAGUGUUAACGUGAAUAUUGAGGGCACAAAACAAAAUAGCAUAGCAAAGAAAAAAAACUCAUUGUAAAUAAGACAUGGAAAAAAGUUAUAAAAGUGACCAGAAGAUCGCGGAGAAUUCGUUGUCGCGCUUUUCAUCUUGCGCAACCGGUCAGGACUCUUUCUACUGAACAUUCUAUUGUUAUUUUAUAUACGUUUCUAUGUACAGAUAUGCCACUUUUGCCCAUACAAAAGUUUUGAAAUAAAACGACCACUUUAUAAAGAAUAUAAAAACGAAAUGAUUCAAUCAAAUUUGCAUUUGCCAAUUAAAUACGACAGCGGAAGACGAUAGUGCCAGUUAGCAUUGCCACGACGACGAUCUAUGGGUACAAUUUGUUCCUUGUCAGCUGCACUAAGUUGUAACAUUGCUUAUAGAUUUCCUAUCUAUGAAAUGGAGCAUUUAGAUCUGGCCGGCUAUCUUGGCCACGCUCCUCAAAGUUGGAAUACUCUGGGAACCUUUCAGGAGCAAGAUGCUGUUUACCUAUCUAGCUCGCGACAAAUGUUGGAACCAAUCUUGGAGGAGACUAGCGAGGAUGAGGAACGUGCCCGAAGUAGCUUCAUUGUAAGCCUAGAUCACCGCUCCACCCUCUGGAGCUCUACGGAGUCUGAAACUGGAUCAGUCUUACGCAUAGAAACGAUUAAGGAUGUCGAUGCCGUUUCUGAGAGGGACUUUGUCUGCCCACCCAAGCGACCAAGGCGCAGCCAUGACUUAAAUUCUGGCCAGAUUCCAGAGGAUUGCGUGCAACUCCGCCGCCCUAUGUCUUACGAUCCCGAGUACCACAAUAGCUUUGAACGCUUUCUGGCUUUGGAGGCAUGUGCUCGCGAUAGCUUCGGAAGCCAGGGCCAACGCAGCAGUAUAGGUAGUAGGCGGGGGGGCACCUUCGAGGAUUUUUAUUCCGACAGGGACUCCUCCCACUCGCUAUCGCGCAGCUCCUCCCUGGUACAGUUCGAGUCCUUGGAACGCCAGCUCACGCUCCAGGAGCAGCAUCAGAGUAUGAACAGUCUGGGCAACAGUUCGCCCUCGCUCACCUGCGAGUCUGGUGCGGCAACGCGGGCCAGGACCAGGGACAGCAGUCCAGACAGUAGGAAGGGAUCAGCCCCGACGCUGUCCCUGCUAAAGCGUUAUGAAUCCAGCGACUGUAGUCGUUUGCACCAGACAUACUAUGAGCUGAACAAUCUCAAUUUUGAAUAUAAGCAGCAGCAGGAACUUCUCUCUAGAAGCCUGCGAGAGACGAAGCUAAAAUCUGAGGGCUCCUCUAGCUCCAGCUCGUCCAGCGAUAGCAGUGGUCACAGCCUUCUAAGCCCUUGCCUUGUUCCCGAUGGUGCUGUUGCAACGGAAGGGGGGAAACAGGAUGGGGUAUCCUCUCGGCGAAUUCCCCCCAACUCAGCUGAGAACCUGUCCGAGGACUCCGGGUACUGCGAGCCACGUACCCUAAAGCGGGAAAAGUCCAAAUCCAUACCAAAGAAUUUCGACAAACUUUGCGAAGAGGAGGAGGAGCUGCUGUUACUGGAGGAGGGCGCCCCGCAUUCUCGCGACUUCAAAGACGAGCAUGAUUUGUGUCAGACCGAAAUAGAGCAGACUGCGGAUACGGCUGCAUUAGCAUGCUCUCCGUCGUCUAUAAAUAGUUCCCCGGAGAGGGCCAGCUCUGAAUCGGAAUCGGCAUCGCCGCUGCCAUCGCCGACCGGAUCGGCAUCAACGUCGUCUGCCGCCUCGUUCACUUGGCUACACAACAGUUUGCCAGAUAUCCGCGAGCCACGAGGUCCACUCUCUGUGGGAAUUAACAAUUCAAAGCACAAGACAAACGGCAGCGUUCUGGCCACCACCAGAAAAAACAGUGGCAGCACCCGGAGCAGCAGCUCCGCCGAUAGCUGUGACGGUUUAUCGCUCCUCGGCCCCACCCAUUCACUCAACGAGCUCCAGGUGCUUGAACGGAGGCGGCGACCACGUCAGAUUCGCCCCAGCCAGAGAAACAGUCACAGCAACAGUUCCAGUGAGGAACUGGAGGAGCUGGACAACUUCUUUGUUGCCUGCCACACCCCGCCAAGGAUCCGACGCAGUUUCAGCUGGAACGAACGAGCUAGAAAAGUAGUGGGAGUGGCAAGUGCCGGAUAUUUGAACGCUAGUUACCAAAACCUAACUCUAUUGAACUACACGGAUAACUGGCUGCCGGCAGAGCUUCUUCAGAAGAACCACAAGAGGAGCCCAGCAGAAGAAAUGUCGAAACAAAGCAGUAAAACUUGCGGAAACUACGAGCACAUGAUAUGUAAGGGAAACUUUUUGCUGGAUGAGAUCAGCAAGGUUUAUGACAAAAAUGUUUCUAUACUGACGGAUAAGCCGGUGCUGGAUACCAAGCUCUCUGCGCCAGAGGAAUGUGAUUUAAAUGCUCCGAUUGAGUGCUCGAAGGUGCAGCACGUACAGCUAAACAUAAAGCCACCGCCGCGCCAGAAACGUUUGACUCAACAGCCGCCAGCCGCCAUGACCUUUAAUGGCCUUGUUAAAACAUUUGACCAGGAUCCCACUAAUUUGCGAACCUCGUACACCCAAAGCCUAGAGCGGUGCCACCUUGACGAGCAAGAAACGGCAAAGCCUGCUUCGUACCCGCCGUCAGUCAUCUCACAACGGUUCCUGCCCAAACGGCGUUUCCAGUCCCAGACGUCGGCGGCUAUGCAGCGAAGUCUGGUAAGCAGCACGCCAAAUCUCGCGGCCAGCGACGACGGGCAGCCAGAAUCCGAGUACGAUAUCUACGUGAGCAGUGCACACGCCUCGAUGCACCAGUUGCCGCAGACAACAACGCUCCCGAAGCCGCUGGGGAUUCUGCUUCCAGCCGGAUCGCGUCAUUCUUUUGGCAAGGAGGUAAGCUUCUGCCCAGUGGUAAGCAAGUACUGUUGGCAGGAGCAGUCCUCAGAGGAGCCCACCGAGGAUCACUUUCACUCCAGCGAGGGCGAGCAGGGCCCGCCCAGCGACGACGAACAGAUGGACCCCACUUUGGUGCACAACACUAGAGAGAACGAAAACAUCGUUGCGCUCUUCGAGCCGGAGCCAGAGCAUCAUCUAAGAGAGCCGGCGAUCGCACAAAAGUUUACCGGUUUCCAUACCAAAGCGCUCUUCUCCGCCUCCGCACACGCAGAGAAAAACUCAUCAUGUGAAGAGAGCGCCAAUGUCAAAAACAAAGCAAACUUAGCCACACCCGAUUGCCGCGAUCAAAGAACCGAAGCUAAGACCACCCUAGAACCUGAGCCCGCUUUAAGCAGCACAGUCAGUCUAAAACCUUGUGCCGUUGCGAACUCGUCUUGCCGAGAAGAAACUCCGAGCGAUGUCACUGAGGAACCUGCUUCUGCGACUGCACGACCCCUUAGCCUGCCGAUCCUUAGCGAGCCGCCCACCAACCGCGCUCACCACAUCCUGUACUCAUCCCAGCAACUAAGGCGCUACGAACCGAAGGCGUCGCCGAUUAACAAGAUGCCGCCGGCCCAAGAACUUAGCGGGCAGGCCGCGGCUGUUCUGAGGACGGACGAGAAACAUCCAACCUCCAGAAGCCUCUUCUCCAGGUUCACCCACGGGCUGAGAUUCUCGUUACGUCGCAAAAAGAAGCAGCAGCAGCAAGAGCCUUCGCAGGUCAAGGCGUCGCCCGGAAAGGAGUUCAGGCAGAGCCCGGAGGAGGGCCAAUCGGUCGACUUUGUGCACAUCCCUUUAAAGCCGCAAAGAAGUUUGCAAUGUGGCCGACUGGACGAUACUGUUGUGACCGAGACAAGCAGUGGCAACGUGCACAGCUUGCAGCAACAGGAACAGCUGGGCAAGACCUCAACUCUGCAAAGGGUGACUGGCAAGCCGCCACUGCCCAAGAUGCCACCACGAAGUGGCAUCCUAACGCAUGCGCCUCAGGAAACGACUGGUGAAACUGUCAGUUGCCACCGCACCGAGGCGUUGCCGAGCGUCCAACGAGAACACUGCAAUCAGUUAACCGGACAGUUGAUGGAUAAGGUUCAGGCAACGAGAAUGCGGGACACCGGGUUCAGCUCGCAGACAGUAGUCGCCCAAGAGACACAUACGGUUAAUCGACUAACCGGACACGGCAACGCGACUAGACCGACCGUGGUUACCGCCGUUCCGGUUUCCGUUGCUCCUGUCGAAGAGGUCGACAAGAUGGGUUUGAUCGAGACCAAUCUGGACACUCAUGAAACGGUUAUAUCGGGAAAGACACGGUCUCUUAUGGAUAUAACUUACAACCCACUUAGCGUGCCACACAAGCGAUACAUCGUAAAGCGUCUAAAUGUAAACAGCGUUGCUUAUGACGUGGAUGAAUUGGACGGGAAGGUUAAACCUUCGCCUGGUGGAAUGGCAUCCGUACGCAGACCGCACAAGAGUAUGGAAUUUCUGCUGGACAAGGAGAACCAGAAAAAUGUUUUGCCCCCUGAAAACGAACUGCAGAAAUCACAUGACCACAAUCCAGGCGCACUAAGCGAGCAUCAACUGCGCGUCCAAGCGUCGCUCCAGCGACUAAAUAUUCCUGACUGGUUCCGUCAUUACAGCAAAGGCCCCGAAAAGGCAGCAGAUGGCGAAAACGCAUGCACAAGUGCGGCAGGCGGUGGUUACCGACCUGGCAACUUUACCCGCAAACGCACCCAGGAAUCGGGGCGCUGGCAAGCGCUCAACUCAAAGACGACUUCCCUCAGCUCGCUGGGAUCUCAACGCUCCGACCGAAGUCCUUUGUUGAUGAGUCCCUCAGCGCACAGCCAUCACGGCGGCCAAAGCUCCUAUUCAUGUGGGUCGACGACAAUUCACGGUCCGGCACCUGUGCAGAUAGGUAUGGGUGCCACUCGCUGGUCUACCUCGCAUCUGAAUUCCACUCAGAUGUCUCCCGGUGCCUCGCAGCGCGGAAGCUUUACGCGCGGCGCGCCCAUUAAUAGCAGCUUUAUGUCUGUGGCCAGUGGCAGCGGCUUGUUGCGCAAUUCCUACCGACAGCCGUAUUUGGGUUGGCGCAGCACAGAGAAGCUCUCCCAGCGAACGCCCCACGAACGUCUGGCCAAUUCGCUGCUGAGCCAACGGACAACUCCGCCCUCCACACGGGCAGACAAUGAAACCCGCGCCUUACAUUCUGUAUCGACAGAGAUUCAAAGCUCCAUUAAGGAAGUCACUUCCGCCAUCGUUCACUUCGUGAACGACCAGCAGCAGUCGCAACAUCCGCGGAGCCGUUCUACCAGUCCAAAUUCAAGGUGCUGGCUGGAAAGCAGCUUUGUUGGUACACGGACCCUGGACUCGCCGCAAACACCCGUUAUUGACAACAGUCCUCCAGAAUUGGCACGAAAGCAGCAGCAGCUCCACCCGCACCAAGUGCAUCUGGAUGUCGGUCUGUCACCUGCAGUCUCCGCUGGUCAGCUGCCACAUCGCAUGAACGGAAUGAAUCGUAUCGGCAACGGUGGCGUACCAACACGUAAUAUAGCACCCGAACGGUCGUUAAGCAGCGCCUCGCUAGAAGAUGUACUAGCCUCGCUAUUAGGACUACCAACUGCCUUCUUAUCCGGCCAGAACAGCAAUUCCUACAGCAGCUACACUCCCAAUGCGGCGACAACAGCAGGCGCAGCUUCUCGGCAGCAGCUGGAGGUGCAAUCGGCCGCCGAGCAGCAGCGGCUUCGUCGCCGGAGUGAAGGCGACGCCCCCACGCAGGAAAAGCAAUAUUCCAAGGAGCAACCCCAUACGUCCAACUCGCAUUCAGUUGAAGCUGUAGACAGUGCCCAGCCAAAUAACCCCAAAGGGAGCCGGCGGGCAUCGCUUGGUGACCCCGACUUCGCAGCUACACGGUCGGAAACAGGAAGCGGACAGCUGCAACUCAUCGAGGGACCGAAGACGGGCUUUGGAUCGGGACAACAUGUUCGCUGCCGCAACAGCAAGUGCGACCAGAGUACCUCUCCCAGCGAUGCAAAGAAGCUCUACAAGUCGUGUCACAAUUGUUCCCAUUUAUACUGUUCGCGUGAGUGUCGGCGGGCACACUGGGAGAAGCAUCGGAAGGCUUGCCUGCACUCGCGUGCCUCCAAUAUUUGUCGCCAGGUGCUGGCCACGUGCAAGGACGACAUCGACUCGCAGCGCCAUCUGAGUCUUUUAGCUCGCAAAGGCAGCCUUUCUCAGGGACGUGGCGUUGUACGUGUGCUUUUUCGUAGUGCCGAGGCGGCGGAAGGAUUCAUUAAGAACGGGUUCCAGUGCAUGGGGGAGGCUUCGUACGUACGUUGGCCAGACCUUAUGCCCGCCGAGAUGGGCCUGGAGUUAUACUCAGAGCUUCUUAAGCUCAGUACGGAGUACAAGCCGGAAACCAAGAUGCUCAUUUACGUUGCUAUUUGCGUGGUAUCCGAGGCACCGGGAAUGGGACAGGCACCUGUGCGCUGGGAACGCCAACUGGUGAGUCGUUGUGCCAAGCUGAAACUCUGCAAGACAGUUCUGGCUGAACUAGAGCAACAUCAGGCGGCGCUCCUGCAACCGGUGUCUGUUGUGGCAGUGCCGGAGCGGACGGAAAUCCUCAUUCUAACUUUCAAUCCCGGACAGCAUAGUAAUAGAGAGCUGAUCCUUUCAAAUAUUCUGGAAAUUUUGAUAAGGCGCGGCGUCAUGCUAAGCAAGCACUAUCCGGAGGUCUUCGAGCGCCUGCAAACGUACUCUGAGGGACAGAGUGACAAGUUUAAUCCGGUGACACUGCAUCCACGGGACACGCAAACUGGCCAAAACUUUGUAUGCAUCAUUAUGGCGGUGCACACGGACAAUGAACUAACGAAGCUUCCAUCAGCAGCGGAUGGCGGCAAUCGAGUUACUACCAUAGAUGUAGGAUCUCCUGCGGCUCUCGUGCAACUGGAACUAGGCGAUGAUCAGAUUUUCAAAACCAAGUCCAGAGACAGUUGAUUAAGAGCCUACAAAAAUGAAAACAAUGAGCUUCGGAGAGCAAACGAUGGCAACGCUCACUCCUUUCAUUCCAGCCAUUUCAACGACACCUUGGGGUGUCCCAUAGAAAGUACCCGCAUGUAAAAAAGCAUUAUUCAAAUCUGAUUUUUAAAAUUAUUAUUAUUAUUCAACCUAAAAUGUGGCUAAAUACGUUUAUUUAAAUACGUUUUAUUCCACUAGAGCUAAGGAGGUUAUCCCGAAUUUUUAUUUUUUGUUUGCCUUGAAAGAGUUAAAAAAUGAAUACUUUGGCCGUAGCCCUAUAAACGCUGAAAUUCAAUUAUUGCUCACAUAAUAUGGGUGUCCGUCUGUAUGGACGUCAAAAUUGCGAAAACCAUAAAUCAAUCAAACAAUAAAUCCCAAAAAUUAUUUAAACAGCUAAAGAGUUAUUAUAAAUGCCCGUUACACGUAGAAUAAAAGGUUAUACCAGAUUCGUUAAAAAGUAGAUUUCGACUAUUUAAGUAUAUAUAUUCUUUGUCAGGAUCAAUAGCCGCGUCGAACUGGACCUGUCCGUCCGUAUGAACGUCGAGAUCUUAGGAACUAUAAAAGCUAGAAGGUGGAGAUGAAGCUUUCAGAUUCUAGAGACAUACCCGCAGCAGAUCAAGUUUGUUGACCCAUGCUGCCACGCCCACACUUACGCACACAACUGCCUCUUAUUCUUCACCAAUAUCUAUCGAUAUCCCGAAAACAUUUUUAUAAAAAAUUUAGCGUUCGCAUUUCCACUAGUUGAGUAACUGGUAUCUGAUAUCUGGGACGUCAAAAGCGCAAGUUCUCUAGCUCGAAAAGUAAAUUAAAAAAGGAUUUGAAAGUUGUUUGAUUAAUAAGUAUUUGACUGAGAGGACUGAGAACCAAAUACAUUUAGCUUAAAUUACUCCAAAUCUUUUAAAGAAAAGUUACCAACAAAAUAAUCCUAAGAACCUCGGCUAAAAACAAUAAUCUCUAAAAGAACUACUUCCGCCGGAAUUUGACAGACAGCAUUAAAAAUAUCACCAUAUCACAAUGCAACUAGAACAGCCAUUUUACAUGCGCACUAAUUUGUAAUAAAAUGAUUUAUGUUAAGCUUAAAUUAUUUAUGCCGAGAAGUAAUCAUUCAUGUGGGUAACUGUUGAAAUUGCUUUUCUGUUAUUGCUUUUAACCAUAAGGACCGUCAUUCUGGAUAGGAUAUUUCGGUUGUUUCGGCAUACUGUUGUAAUACAUUAGGUGGCCCUCGCCAGUUUUGUUUAACUUGAUUCUUGUCCAAGGCUGCAUAACAGAAGGAUCGGGCUUUGGCUAGGACUUUUAAUUCUUUUGAAUUUAGUAGGUGAGUGGAGUGACGGUUGGCAGGGUAGGCGGUAGAAAAAUGAAAUCGUUGUUAAGCUAGCUAUAAUAUAUAAUAAAUACUAAAGAGCCAAGUUGGGUUCAACAAAAUGACAAAAAUAAACCAAUAACAUCGUUAUUUAAAUGAAAAUGUUACUACAAAAUCGUAUAAUUACAUUCUUGCGCGCCGUAAAAUUUAAGCUUGAGGAGCGAAUUAAAUUUAAAAUGUUUAUGUUUCAAAAAAAUAAAAAGGAUAAGAAAUUACGGAAAUUUAACAGUGAAAAAUGUAUAUAUUGAUUUGUAUGACUUAAAAUUUAGCUUAAAAUGUGUAUUUUUGUUAUGUUUUGAACAUAUAUAAAACAUCUAUUUAAAAUGUUGCUUAUAUUGUUUAUCCAAAGGUUAAAAAUAAUUUGUUUUAAAAUUAUUAACAUGAAUAAAAGGCAUACAACUAUUAAACACAUCCUUUACGUAACUUUGUAACGAUUUUAGCUUUUAAGCAGUAGCAGAAUUAUUAAAAUAAAACGUGGACCAACCACAGACACAGAUCUUCCUAUAUAAUCGUGAAUAUAUACACAUGAUUGCAUAGUGCAUGCAAUCAACAUUUAAAGAAAAAACUACAAUCGCGUGUAACUAAAACAUAUUCAUUCUUGAAUAAUCUUAUGUGUGUAUAUUAGUUUGUAUAAGUAUAUAUAAGUUUGUAAUGACUGCAAAUUCAAAAAUGGUCAUUAAGCAGAAUCCAUAUUCGUAAAUACAUCUUCAGUGCAUUGCAUUGUUAAUUUCCCAAUAACCAAACCUAUUUUAAAUUUAAAUCUUUUUUGCUCUAUAAUACAAGCCAUGAAUCCUAAUUAUUAAACACUUGGUUUGCAUUAUUGUAAAAAAUUCGUUGCCACUUCACAACUUUACAACUUUAAAAAUAUUUUAUUUCUAACAUAUAAUUCGCAAAAAUAUAAAAAUAAUAUGUUUGAAAGUGCGUCCCUUUUACAAAUCAACAGCACGAAUUUUUUUUUUGUAAAAAGACAGCAGUAAUUAACAUCAUCUGAUUUUCGAAAAAUUUUAACUUUAUUUUACUCUUAUGUCUACGAAUAUUUAAAGUUUCGUGUAUUUAUUUAUUAUAUUCAUUACCGAUAUUCAAAUUUGCUGACCUUAUAGGUUCACGUAAGAAUAAGAUGAAUUUGGCAAAACACAAACAAAAAUAAAUUUAAAGUAAAAAGGUGCUUACAUGAAUUAUAAAACCCAUAAGACGAUGAAAGCGGUGGAAAAUGUGCCUAUUUCUAUUUCCCUCUAAAUUCUUGGUUAAGGCACUUGCAAUUGGAGUAGGUUAGUAAAAAAUUGUAUUUUAUUCAAAUAUUUAUUUGAUUUUAUGCAUUAUUUAAUACAUACUUAUAGUAGACAUAUUUAAUUAAAAUAUAUUUAAGCUUAUAACUUUCAACUUAUAUGUGUGUGUUAUUACCUGUGCAUAUUCAUACGUAUCGGAUUUGCUCGUAUCGUCACCUAAUAAAUCCAUAUUUUACACCUACAAUUUUUAUAAGAGAAUAGCCUAUAACACUUAAAAAUACGAUGCCUAUACAUAUAUGCGUUUAAUGUUUAAAGAUGUUUAAGUAUAUUAUACAAGCUAUCAAAUAAAUUAGGUUCAUUUGUAUGCUUAUCGUAAAAA